AGAAUUCAAGAAUGGCUUCUAAUUUAAAUGAGCCUUUUAUUGUUUACAAAAAUUAUCGAUAAUAACAAAAAGUAAUAAAAAAGGAAUGUCUUAAAGAAAAAAUUAUUACUAAAGGAGAAAUAAAAAAAAAAAUUGAGAAAUCUAAGAAAAAUACAAGUCAAUAACCAACCUAAAAAAUGAUGUUUGAUCAAAAUUUAAUAUUUAAAGUUUUUCAGCAUUAUAAAUAACAAUAAUAAAUGCUUUAAUAAUUAUAUCAUGAUUAACGAAUGAAUACAAAUGCUUUAGAUGAUAUUGAUAUUGAUGAAUUUUCACCAAUUUAUAAAUUCGGCAUACCAACUACACCAUAGAAUGUUGCACUACAAAGAAGAAUGAGCAGAGAUGAUGAAGAUGUCAAAAUUUGA